UGUGAUAAAAAAACAAUGAGUUUAUAAGAAUAGCUUCUUAAUGUGAUCCAUGGUGUGUUCUCACCAGAUAAUGCCACCAGAUAAAAGGCAGAGGAGUUACUAGCCUAAUAUAGAGAUUCUUAGCCAAGUGAAUUUGUCACAUCAAUGCUCCAUCUAUGCAGACAUGAAGAAUUAAAAAUCAGAUAAUUUGCUCCAGUGUAUUUGAGAAACUCACUGAGUAAUUAUUCACCCAAGAGUCAUAAAAAUGUAUGGAGCCUUCUCACUCCAGAGACUUAGGAAAUUGUUAAGGUGUCUCUCUUCUAAUUGUUGGAACUUGAAACUAGUUCUAAUGUGAGAAGUUAAUUGUGUGAUACUAUAGGAGAACUUGGAGGAUCACUCUUCGAAGAUGAAACAAAAAAUUCAUGGCCUAAUCUCUUAUAAACAUUAUGGUAAUUGUUCUUGUCUCCAAAAAAUGACUUGAUUGAAUGUGGAUUUAAGAUAUUGGCCAAUCUUUUCACAUAUGCUAUAGAUCUAUUCAAUAAACAUUAAGCCGAUCUUCACACUCUAUUCAUCCAAGGACUUGCUAGUCCAGAUUAAAAGAUUAAAACAGCAACAAUCUAAUCAAUUGGUAAUUAUGUAACAACAUCUGAACCCAAAUAAUACAGAGCAUUCUAAGAUCUCAUUCCAAACCUUAUGUAAUCUGCUUUGGCUGUUACAGUAUAGGAUCAAACUUUAGGUGAGGAAAUUAUGGAAACCUUCUCUGAUAUAAUUGAUGCUGAACCAAAGUUCUUUAGAAAACAAAUCAACGUAUUUUUCAAUGGAAUUGCAGCUAUUUUCAGAGAAUCUUAAAUUGAAUAAGGAUUGAAGAGAAUCGGAACAGAAACUUUAAUAAGUUUAGCUGAAAAAUUCCCAAGAGUCUUUAAAUAAGAUAAAUAAUACUUGAGUCAAUUGGUAGAAAUGAUUUUCUUCCACAUGAUCCAAAUUAGUCAGACAGUAUCUGAAGAAUGGAUGAAACCAGCUGAAGGAUUUAAUGAUGAUAUAUAAUAAGAUGAAGAUUGCGAAACAACAAGAUUUGGUAUGUCUUCAAUUGAUAGAUUGAUUGAAUCAAUUGGUGAUAAGGAAAUGUUACCAGUAUUAAGUCCAAUAGUUAAUUAAUUAUUACAACAUCAAGAUUGGAGAUAUAAAUAUGCUGCAAUUUUGGCAUUAUCAUAAGUUGGUGAAUAUAUAGAGGAAGUAGNUGAAGAACUAUAGGAAUUAGUAAUUGAUUGGAAAUGA